CCAUAUUGGCGCCGAAACCCAGAGGGCCGACAACGAAACCACCCAACCCGCGGCGGCGAUGGCGGCGGCUGGAGAGGAAGCGGAGAGCUCCACCGCCGCCGGCGAGCGACCACGCGUUCCCUUCGCUCGGGGCGGCCCGGUGUUCGUCCCCUUCAUGGUGGGCCCUACCUCCACCGUCCCCGAGUUCACGUCCUCCGCGCUCCGCGAGGUUCAGUCCCUGCGUGACGAAUUGGGGGACCCCGGGGACGAAUUUGAGGAGGAGCUCUGCGUCGAUGAGCUCAGGGUGCUCUCCGAGGGAGAGCUCGUGGAGCGCGCUCUCCGGGAGGCUAUGGAGGAGGACUGGGACUCUGGUGCUCCAUCACAACCCGUGGGUCAAAGGUCUGGCACUCCAUCACAACCACUGAACCAAAGGUUUGAGGGAGGAAUGUCAGGGAGUUCCACUGCUGGAAAUGAGACUGUCACCUCAAGCGCAUCAGUUGAAACACAGAGUUCCAUAUCACCUCAAGAUGGUAGGGCAAUUGGACUGGACGAAAUUGGACUGGUUGAACCACAUGACAACCAUGGAAAAACAAGAGGUGAAAAGAGAAAAGGCAGGAAAAGGAAGGAAAAUAAUGGUGUCCUCACCUCAGAUUCAACAGUCGACAGAGAGACAGCUGGAUCACCUGUUGACAUGACAAUUUUACCGAAUGAACCAGAAGGGAGCAAGGGGAAACCUGGAGGCAGAAAGGGUAAAAAGGGAACCAUUUCAAAUUCAUCAAUUGAAAGACCUAGUAAGGAAAUGUCAGUUGUUCCACAUGACCCAGAAGGCGCAGAUGGACAAACAAAACGUAGAAAGUGCAAAAAGAGAGGCAGACAUUUUGAUAGGGAAGUUCGAGCGCAUAUUUUACAAGGGAGGUAUCUUACUAAAGCAGAGAAGAUGGCAGAAAUCAAGAUCAAGCAAGAAGAAAACAAGCGUGAAGCCAGGCUGCACUCUUUCAGUGGUGGUGAUUCUGUGAUGUCCAAAGGCUCUAAGGCCUCGGCGGAGAAAACUGACGUGGCAAAAUCUCUUUCAUACAACAGUGCCCCUUGGAAGCACAAAGCUUCGAAAUCUGAGGAACACAUACCUAUAGUCUAUCCAGAAGUAGUUCUUUCUGUCGAAAUUUAUGAGCAGAAGCAAAGCUCUGUGAAAAGCCAGGAAUUUCUUGUGUUGGGAAGUCAGCUUCUUACAGAGCUUAAGGACAAUAUCUACUGUUCAACUAAUAAGUUGAUGGAGGUGAACAAACAAAGCGAUCAUUCUGGCUAUUUUCUUAUCGAGGACACGUUCUACAACGACACGAGACAUUAUUCUGCCGUUGAUUACAGUGAGCCUAUACUUGACUGGCUUAAGGAUUCCAGUGAUGAGGUGGCAGAGAAGUGGGAUGCCAUAAGUUCUGGCGCGUUAAAGAAACGGCAAAAAGACUUGUUGAGGGGUUUGAAUAUUUCAAAUGUACCCGAGUUUAAAUCUGCAAAAAUGCAAACUACCCACUUCUCUGAUCUGCACUUCCGAAUUGGUGCUGGGUACCUCUACUGCCACCAGGGUAACUGCAAGCACACGUUCGUGAUUAGAGACAUGAGGUUGAUCCACCCGGAGGACACACAGAACCAAGCUGAGUACCCUCUCAUGACGUUCCAGAUGCAGAAGCGUUUCCAGAAGUGUUCAGUGUGCCAGAUCUACCUUGCAACAAAGAUGACGGUGGACGACAAAUGGGCUCCAAACAAUCCCUGUUAUUUCUGCAAGCAAUGCUACUACCUCCUCCACUACCGAGAGGAUGACUCGCUGUUAUACCAUCAUACUGUGUAUGAUUACCUCCAGGAGUAAAUGGUCUCUGUUUUUUUUGGACCCAAAGCCAUGAAGGCUCAGCUUUUACUUGCAGGUCUCUUAUAUGAUUUUACAAGGCUUAAUGUAUAUCUUGUACAGUACAUCAAAAGCCGUUCGAAUUUUGGAAGUCACCGUCCAUAU